UUCCGGCAACGCUGAGCUAACAUCUGUAAAAGUUGCAGUUUGUUUUUUUUUUUUAGUUUGUUUGCGGACGAUAAAAAUGCAUUAAUAAUAUACAAAUAAUAACAAACUGUGUGAUUUGCAUGCAAAGCGUGCAAAAUAUGUAAAUAGUCAAGCGUGAGAAAGGAAUAAUAAGCAGCAAAAUGACAGACGCCUACUGUUUGUCCAAUUUUAUUGAUUUUUCACCACAUUUGUCGCAGCCGCUGAGGCACAGCAAUCGGAUCAAGUAUACGUGCUUUGAUAUCUCCGACAACUACAUCAUCUUUGGCGCUACAUCGGGCUCGCUGUACUUUUUCAAUCGUGGCGGCAAGUUUAUGCACUUGAUUCCCAAUAAACAUGGCCCAGUUACACACUUAAGCAUAUCGGCUAACAAUAAGUAUGUGGCAUUCGCCACACAACGUUCGCUGAUAUGUGUGUAUGCGGUAAAUCUGUCGGCCCAGGCCGCUCCACAGGUGAUUGUCACACACCUGAGCACCGAUCAGUCGGUGCAGGUGAGCUGCAUCCACUGGACGCCGGAUGAGAAGCAAUUUUACUAUGGAGACACUCGUGGCCAGGUCAAUCUCGUGCUGCUCUCAUCGUUUAUUGGUCACAGCCUGCUGUUCAAUAUGUCUGUGCAUCCGCUGUUAUAUCUCGAUUCUCCCAUUGUACAGAUUGAUGACUUUGAAUCUCUGCUUUUGGUGUCCAACAGCACCAAGUGCAUCCUAUGUAAUACCGAGUUCGAAGAGUACAAACAGAUCGGUAACCGUCCUCGUGAUGGCGCCUUUGGCGCAUGUUUCUUUAUAUCUCCGCACGAAUCGGUGCAGCCAUCGCGCAUCUAUUGCGCUCGGCCGGGCACACGCAUCUGGGAAGUGGACUUUGAGGGUGAGGUAAUCCAAACGCAUCAGUUCAAGAGCGCUCUGGCCACAGCCCCAGCUAAGAUUUACAAAAAUCACGACAGCGAUGUAACGCACGAUGACGACGACGAUGUCGAUGGGCAUGAGGCCAAUGACGAGCUGUUGGACUAUCAACCACAGCAACUACAGUUCGCCAAGCUGCAGCGUUUUGGUCAGGACUUUCUCUUGGCCUUCACCGAGCUGGGACUCUAUGUGUUUGAUGUGCGUCAAUCGACGGUUGUUCUCUGGUGUAAUCAGUUUGAACGCAUUGUCGAUUGCCGUGUUGCCGGCUCCGAAAUCUUUGUGUUUACCCAAACUGGAUCACUGUACAGCGUCCAGCUGCAGACGCUGCAAACGCAUGCCAUUUCUCUGAUGCAGCAGUCGAAGCUUCCACAAUGUGCCCGCUUACUGCGUCAACAUGUCAAAUAUUUUGCGGACAAGGCCAGGGAGAACUACGAUCUAAAGCUGCUCAAUCAGUUAAAGCAGCUGCUCAUCGAACGACAGCAGUAUGAGCUGCUUAACGAUAUAUCUGUAAUCUUUGAUGCCAUUGCCCAGUGCACGGGCAGUGCAUUGGACACCCAAAGCUCCGGCGGCAGCUCGGCAACCACGGAGCUUAGUGCCAGUCUCAGCACAGCAGCAGUAGCAGCCGCUGCUACGACGACAUCAACGACAUCGGUUCCGCCAAGAGGUGUUUAUGUGCUGGAAAAUGCUUUUUGCGACAAUCUUAAACAGCCCCCCAAAUCAGGACACUUCAAGGAUGCACUCCUGACGGUCACCGGGAAAUUUGGCAAGAACAUCAUCAAGUACAAGUUCAACAUAUUUGCCGAGGAGCAACAGCAGCAGCUGGUACGAGAGUUAAUCCCUGCCAGCGAGCGUUCGCUGCCCUUUAAGGAUAUUAAAGCGCGUUACGAGUCGCAGGAUAAUGUUGAUGACAAUGAUGAGGAAAUUGUUUGCCGCAGCAGCAGCAGUCAUGGCACAAGUGGGAAACGCGCCACCGCAACAACUCCCCAUAUUAGUCCCGAGGAGAAGACCAUAUACAAUUUGUACUUGAUCCAAAAGAGCGCCAAGUUCAGUCGUACCCAUUGCGUGGAACGAUAUCGUGCCGUAUUUGAUGAGUAUGCAGCCAAUGAGCUGAUCCAUCUGCUUGGCAAGUUGGCCCAGGUGAUGGUGGAGCACGGUGACAGCUUGGAGCAGGCACAAUGCAACUGCUACGAAAUGUACUUUAACUAUUUGAAUCCCGAGCUCAUCUGGGAAAUGGAUGAUGCGACACGGGACUAUAUUGCCAGUGGGUUUGUGCUUCUAAAUGCCGGCAACGAGAUUCUUCGUUGCAUCCAUUGCAAUUUCCCGCUGCGUUUUGAUAAUGCCUGUCACUAUCAUGAUAUUGGCGCGGUUCUCUUGCGAUACUUUUGGUCCCGGAACGAGCAGCUCAAGUGUUUUGAUGUCUUGCAGGCGGUUCCAUCUCUCUUGGAUGUCCUGGCCAAGUUUUAUUUGGCGGAACACAAUCUGGACAAAGUGCUGCCCAUUGUGUUUAACUACGGCACCGUCGAACUGCUCCAGGAUGUCGGACGACAGCUCAAUAUAUCCGCUUGGGCGCGACUCUUCGAGCAGUUUGUGGAAUUGCAACGUGGUCGUCUCGUUUGUGUCAACUGUGAGUGUGUGACCACUGUAGAGCAGGAGCAACUGACUCGACACUUUUUCUACACCUGGAACUGCUUCCUCAACAUUGCUCUGGAUCACUUAACCGCCACCGAGACGCUGGCAUUGAUCUUCAAGUGGAGCUCCUAUAUUCCCAGCGAUGCGAUCGAUCGGGAAUUCUAUACUCGCUGUUUACUCAAGGGCUAAGGAACGAACUUCUGAUAUUUAUUGUUGGCCUGUUGGCAAAUACUUUGCAACAUCCCAAAAAAAAAAAAAAAAAAAAUCCACACAUUCCCUUUAUAUGUAAGAACAUGUUAUAAUCUCUAGCUAAAGCUACAGCCAAUACCAAAAGCAUUUAUUCUAUAUAUGUACAGACAUGUACAUAUACCCCGUAUAUGUAAUAAAUAUAUAUUCCGUGUUUGUGCGUAAAUAAAAGUUGUAAAUUCCCAUACAUCCUUUGAGUUUUGUUUCAAAGUCUAAUGAAGAGGCCGGAAAUAAAAUAUUCGUAAUACACACGCACAUAACACAUAAAGUUUUGGCAUAAUUCAUACAAAAUUUCAACUGCAAAGCAAGCAUUUCUCAAACAAACAUAGCGAAAGUAUCCAGCUAGCGCUCAAAGUUGUUAAGGUUCUAGGAAAGACAUAAAUCAAAAAGGACUUGGGGCCUGGAAGACUAAAAACAAAUCUGGCUCACACGCCGUGAGUUUAAUAAAAGCAUCCAUUGAGAUAUCGAAGAUUGGCCCUACCCUCGGCAGUCUGGUAACGCUUCACGCAAAGCAGCUCUAUGAAAUCAACCCUGUUGACAGCGAUAACGAUAACAAAAACGCUGACUCACACGCUCCCAUCACCAGAUCUCCACCAUUUUUCCCGUGUGGCUCGUUUUCGCCGUUGGUGUGGAUAAGACACGCGUCUGAAAGCAAAAAAAAACGCGAAAGCGUAUAAAAACUUUAAAUUUUAAGCACAAGCUCAAUUACAGCUUGUAAUUGUUAGUAGGCACAAGUAGGCCUAGUACAUACAAACGUUUAAUUCUUAUUAAUCGAAAGAACUAAUUGUGAAAAAGUACAACCUCUCCACAUAAGAACGUAGUAGCUUGUGGAACGUAAGAAGUUGUC